GCGUCUGCUUCAGCCCUCGCCGAGGCCGUCGCGUGGAUUCUCUGGUCCUUCGCCCUAACGCGCUACAGAGGUGUCCUCGCAUUCGGAAGGCAACAGAGGUCCUCUCGCCGUCAGAAAGAAGUCCCAUCACCUGUGCAAUCUCCUUGAAACAAACUAAGACCAGAGGGAUGAUCGUACUUGACCUUUGAAGAUCAAGACUAAAUUGAAAUUAAAAAUGUUUUUCAGGGAAGAACGAAGCUCGACUUAUACUUUUCUAAUCAUUUGCUUUCUGACACUGAGGCUGUCCACCAGUCAGAAUUGCCCCACGAAGAGUCUAGAAGAUGUUGUCAUUGACAUCCAGUCAUCUCUUUCUAAGGGAAUCAGAGGCAAUGAGCCCAUACACACAUUAACUCAAGAAGACUGCGUUAAUUUUUGCUGUUCCACAAAAAACAUAUCAGGGGACAAAGCAUGUAACCUGAUGAUCUUCGACACUCGAAAGACAACUAGGCAACCCAACUGCUACCUAUUUUUCUGUCCCAGUGAGGAAGCCUGUCCACUGAAACCUGCAAAGGGACUUAAGAGUUACUGGAUAAUUAGAGAUUUUGCCCCUUUGACCAGAACUGACUUGCCACAUCAAGAGCUAGCCCAAGAUUCUCUCUCACAUGGCCAGCCUUCACAAGCAGUCACUCCCAUACCCUCUCAUCUGACAGGUCAUUCAAAGCCCACUGGUACCUUCUGGAAAGAUGCACUUUCUCAGAAGUUUGGGUCCUCAGAUCACUUGGAGAAACUAUUCAAGAUUGAUCAAACGAGUACACAGUUUCCUGUUUACAAAGAAAAAGGCCAGUCGCAGAGUUCAGAGUUUUCCGCAAAACAAAAAAUAGUUCAUCUGCUGCUUGAAAAUGUGACUCCAUUCCCAAUUACAGCGGCUGCUGUUUCUCCACGUACCGUUACUCCAAAGCCCGCAGUUCUCCAGCCCACCAUCCCUUCCGUGAUACCUGCUCUAACUUCUCAACCACAGGUGGCCACCACACCUCUGCCUGUUACAACCAUUACUUCUAAGCCUACAACCCUUGUUUCUACAAACUUUACUCAAGCUCACCAAGCUAGCAUGACUACCACAGCAGUUCCAACUACCACCUUUCAGGCACCUAAAGACUUGAAAGUCACCUCAGAAGUGGUGCCUUCUAGAGAAAUCUCUAACCUAACUUUGAACAUAGGCGAUGCACAGAACUUUGCUACACUUCCUCAAUCAAACGUGGAUUCCUUUACUACAGAUAAAACUGCUACUGAGGAAAAUGGGAAGGCCAAUCCAGGCAGCUCCUCACAGAGCAACGUUCCACGAAGUCAAUAUGGCUUUCCCUUUGAAAAGUGGCUCCUCAUUGGGACCCUGCUCUUUGGUGUCCUGUUCCUGAUGAUAGGCCUUGUCCUCUUGGGUAGAAUGCUCUCAGAAUCCCUCCACAGGAAACGUUACUCACGACUAGAUUAUUUGAUCAAUGGGAUCUACGUGGACAUCUAAGGAUGAACCUAGGUGUCUCUUAACUCAUUUAGUAACUUGUAGCACAAAUACAUCCUUUCUGCUAACUCCUGGAUCUUAGCAGGAGGCUGCGUUUUGAAGGCAGGAAAAUUUCCCCUACUACUUCUUUUUGUUUAUUUUUCAGGGACGAGGGGAAAAAGAAUUAAAUUAGGUAAUAUGGAUGAUCUGUCUGUAAAUAUUAGCUGAAAACAAAGUUCUACCUGAAGUAAUAAAUUGCGAUUGAAAAUGAAAAACUCAACUGGCCAUAUGCAAGGGAAGACGGUUAUGAUUCCUAGGUUCGUUAAUAUUUCUGGUUCCAGCAAAAAUCAACUGUUGAUGACACUGCUUCUAAUGGAUUCACUUUCCUUUUAUAUGAAUCCCAAUAAAACUUAUUCCAGAUG